AUGUCACCAAUUAAAGUGUUAAUGGUGGCUGAGAAGCCAUCAAUCUCUGAUACUAUUUCGAAGAUUCUUUCAAAUGGAAAGUUAGUCACACGGCGUGCAAAAACUCCUGUACACGAGUUUAAUGGGAACUUUAGGGGAAUGAAUGUUCAAUUUAAGGUAACUUCAGUCGCAGGUCACGUUUUUGAAACUAACUUUCCUCAAAGCUACUCCAACUGGGAAAAAACAGAUCCAGUUUCUCUUUUUGAUGCACCAAUAAUUAAAAAUGAAUCUUCAUCAAAAAUGAUUUCACAUUUAGAAAAAGAAUCGAAAGGUUGUAGUUACUUAGUACUUUGGCUUGACUGUGAUAGAGAAGGAGAAAACAUAUGUUUUGAAAUAAUUAGUGUAGUUUCGAACAACAUGAACAAAGGAAGAGAUCAGAAGGACUGGGUUUUCAGAGCAAAGUUUUCGUCAAUUGCUCCAAGUGAUAUUUCUUAUGCAAUGAAGAACCUAGUUUCACCGAAUAAGAAUGAAUCAGAUGCUGUAGAUGUGAGACAAGAGCUAGAUCUAAAAAUUGGAGUUGCCUUUUCAAGAUUGCAAACAAAUUAUUUGAAGAGCAAAUUUGGUGAUUUUAAUAAAAGUUCAAUAAUUUCUUAUGGCCCUUGCCAGACUCCAACGCUUUUUUUUACUGUCCAAAGAAGAGACUCAAUAAGUAGCUUUAUACCAGAAAAAUACUACACAAUUUCUGUGACUUUAUCUAAAGACUCUCAAGAUAUAAAUCUUAACUGGAGUCGUUCCAGAGUAUUUGAAAUUCAGGUUGCGAAUUGUUUUCUUCAAUUAAUUCAAAGUAAGAAACCAGUAGUAGCAAGAGUUAUUGAUAUUACAAGCAAAAACACAAGAAGAAUUAGACCAUUACCUUUAAAUACCGUGAGUAUGCUCAAAUUGGCAUCUACAGUACUUGGGAUUGGACCAUUUCAAACAUUGAACAUUGCAGAAAAGUUGUAUCUUUCUGGCUUUACUACUUAUCCUAGAACAGAAACAUCAAGAUAUCCAAAGAAUUUUGAUAUAAAAUCUACAAUAGCGAUGUUUAAGAACAAUCCAAUAUGGGGGAGUUAUUCAUCAGAAAUGCUUCAAAAAGGUUUCAACUUGCCAAGAAAAGAUGGAGUAGAUUUAGGUGAUCACCCUCCAAUUACACCAGUUAGGUCUGCAACUCAAAGUGAUUUAGAUGGGGAUUCUUGGAGACUUUACGAUUUAAUUACUCGGCACUUUUUUGCAACAAUAUCAAGUGACAUAAAAAUAAUAAACAAAACGAUUAAAUUUGAUCUUAAUGGAGAGACUUUUGUGCUAAGUGGGAAGCAAAUCAUAGACCAUGGAUUUUCAGUGAUUCAAGGAAGAAGUGCUUGUUAUGAAUCAAGUGUUAUUCCAAAUUUUGCUCAAAAUGAAUUAGUUUCAAUUAAAAAUAUAGAGAUUAUCACUAAAGAAACAAAACCUCCACCUAUUUUAAGUGAAAGCGAUCUACUUUCUCUAAUGGAAAAAUAUGGAAUUGGAACAGAUGCUUCAAUGCCAACACAUAUCCAAAAAAUUCAGGAGCGUGAAUAUGUAAAGUUAGUUGCAGGAAGAAGGUUGGAACCCACAAAAUUAGGUACUGCUCUUGUACAUGGAAUUAUGAAUGUAGAUCAUGAGCUUGUUAUGCCUAUGAUUAGAAGCGAGAUGGAGAAAUAUGUUGAUCUUAUUGCUAAAGGUAAAUAUAAUCAUAAGGCAGUACUUAAACACUCGCUAUCGGUUUUUAAGCUGAAAUUUCUUUAUUUUGCAGAAAAUAUUAGUCUCUUUGAGUCAUUGUUUCAGCUUGGUUUUACGAAUAUCUCAGCUUCUUGUAGCAGAAUUAGCAGGUGUGGACAGUGCAAAAGAUAUAUGACUUAUAUCUCGAAUAUUCUUCCUCAAAGGCUAUACUGUUCUUUCUGUGAAAUUUAUCUAGAUAUUCCUCAGAGAGGCACUAUUAAAAUAUACAAAGAACUUAAAUGCCCAAUUGAUGACUAUGAAAUAUUAUUAUUUACUGAUCAAAAAGGGAAAAAAAGUAUCUUUUGCCCAAGAUGUUACAACGAUCCUCCUUUUAUGGAUGCUAAAGAUAAUAUGUUUUGUAAACUUUGUCCUCAUCAAACGUGUAACUUCUCGUUAAAAUCAACAUUUUUUAUGGCUUGCCCAAAUCAGGAAUGUAGAGAUGGGAUUAUCACAUUAGAUUUAAGUUCUUCUCCUGAUUGGAAAUUCGAUUGCUCUAGAUGUUCUACAUCUUUCUCAUUAAAAAAAAGUAACUCUGCAAAGAUUUCUCUAUGUGAGCACUGUGAGAAAUGUGGAUCUAGAAAGCUUAAGGUUAGCACAGAAAAAAUACUAUCAGAAUACCUACUUGGGUGUCCAAAUUGUGAUGAACAAAUAUUCAAUUUAAUUGAAGUAAUCAACGCACCUAAAGUUGUCUAUAAAUCAGAUAGAAAGAAAACUAGUUUUAGAGGUGGAGGGAAGAAAGGAAAAAUACAUUAA